GGAGAGGGGGAGAGCAAGAUCCGCCCACAUUCCGGCGCACGCCGCCAAGGCACACGAGGUGAGCCGUCGCUCGGCUGCAGCAGCACGCGUCUCGAGGCUCAACAAGCUGGAGCGAGCAGCCGUCUACGACGGUCCCAAAGGGCGGUAGCCACGUGAUUUCCGACGUCGUCGUGCGUCGGGCCUCGCCGCCGACACUAGACGCCGCGAUUACGGCAACAUCCGCUUAGCCGCGAACAAGGCAGCGAGAGUCGCAGCUCUCCAUUCAGCUGGUUUGGAGCGCCGUAACCAACGCCGAAAAAAACACCUGACCUAACCAUCAUCAGACAAGCGGCGAGAAACUCGAGCAGUGUACCGUGCGAUCAGGCCGAGCGGGGGCGUCGGCUUCCGACGCGUCGUCCUGCCGUGUUUUGACGCUUUCUCUCCAGUUUUCGCUUUUUCUUCCCACCGUGUGUAGUACCUGGGCACUCUUCGGGAGCGGUGUGCAGCGGCAUUUUGCCGCGAUGGCGCGGGCGUCGUGAAGUGUCGUCUCCCUGCUUCGAGUGUUUUGUGUGUGUGCGUGCGUGUGCGCGAUCUGGUGGUUGUCCCGCGGUAGCACCGACCGACCGUGACAUCCACCCUCUUGCCGGCGACGUCGACGGAGAGUUUGCGCAUUCCACGCCAGGGAUGGCCCACAAUUUCGGACCCUUGUACAGCCGGUUAUGACCUUCGUGGACAGUGCGAAGCACUCUGACCUUCGUCGAACCAGCUCAAUGAUGGCACUUCCUACGAGGUCGAGAUGGUCGUCGGUGUCGCUCCUGCGGGCCGUGACGUUGUUAGCAUGCGCUUACACCGGAAGCACAGCUGACAUCAGAGACUUCCGGGCCCCAGGGGGUCCCGUGCAAAACGUGAUAUACUUUCCCUCGCAGCGGAAUGGCGACGCAGUGAUCGUUGGCGGACGAAACGCUCUUUACAAGCUCUCCGCGGACAAUUUCUCCCUCGAAGCUACUUACAGGACGGGUCCCGAAAGUGACAGCCCGGAGUGCCCUCCGGAUCCCUUAGAGUGCAGCCACAGCAGGACCGACACAGACAACGACAACCGAAUCCUGCUCCAGUUAGGCACGUAUUCGCUGGUGAUGGCCUGCGGGACCACGUCGCAGGGCAUCUGCGCCUUUCACCAACCGCUGCGCGACUUGAACGUCAGCAAGCACAUGGACAAAAAACUGGUAGUCAACUACGUGGCUUCGAGAGACAGUACCGCCGCCUUCUUCGGCGGCGGCAACAACAAAGCGGUGCUGUUCGUCGGGUCCAGAUACGAUGGCAGGCCCCUGGAGUACCACCCGUACGCCGUGUCCGCCAGGGUGCUGGGCAAGUCCGAUUCGUUCAAGCUCCGCGCGCUCAAGCGGAAUGCGGUGUCGUUCGUGAACGUGAUCGAUCGCUUGAAGAAGUCGUACCGCAUCAGCUACGUGUACGGUUUCAGCCACAACGGAUUCGCCUACUUCGUGACCGUGCAGAACAAGGGUACGUCCCUGGAGACCUUUGAGACGCGGUUGGUGCGUGUGUGCGAGAGCGACGAGACCUUCCUCACUUACAUGGAGAUGCCCAUCGAGUGUCCGAAGGACGCCGGUCUGCGGUACACCAUCGCCACCAGCGCGUCGCUGGGGCCCUCGGGCAUGUCGAAUACGGGUGACGAGACCAAGGUACUCGCCGUGGCCUUCGGCAGUCCCUUCGGCGGCCGCAUGGACGUCAACGACCCGAGCCAGGGCUCGGCGUUGUGCUUCUUCGACAUGGGCCGCGUCGAAGAGGCGUUCCGCGAGACCAUCGAGAACUGCAACGAGGGCAAGGCGAAGGCCAAGCUGUCGCGCCUGUUCCACAAUGACCAGUCGGAGCUGAAGUGCACGCGCUACGAGCCAAGCGGUGACUUCCUGUGCUCUCCCGGUGUGAACAACUAUAUCGAAGGCGUGCUUCCGCUCAUCGGCAGAGCGGCCAUCGUUUUGGACAAAAGGCUGGCGACAGCCGUCACCGUUAUGCAGCAGAACAGCACCACCGUCAUAUGGGUGGGCGACCACCUGGGAUUCCUAUAUAAGUACGUACUGCAUGGCGAGUCAUCGAAGUUGCUCUUCUCGAAGGACCUCUCCAAUGGCGAAGGCAUUCCUAUAGGGAAGAGCACGGCUGUGGACAGCAAUGGAGCCUAUGGUUACUUCCUGAUGGGCGACAGGGUCGUGCGCUUUCCCGUCGGUUCGUGCAGCAUCUACGACAAGUGCUCACAGUGCAUGCGAAGCCACGAAGACCCUCUCCGCUGCGGCUGGUGCGGAGACCAGUGCGCCCACUACGCCGAGUGCCGGCAGAGCGAGAAAUUCGACGCCAACCGCUGCCCCAUACAGCUGGACAGUGUCUCUCCAACCAAGGGUCCCACGACCGGCGGCACCCUGCUCACGUUCCAGGGCGACAACUUCGGAGACCCCCAACACAAGCCUUCCAGCAGCAUCGAGAUCACCGUGGGCGACCACGCGUGCGACCUCGUCCACUGGAAUUUCACGCUUGUGCAGUGCAAAACUCCACCCGGUCAGUAUGGCUCGAAAGCGGAUAUUAUGAUAUCCGUAAAUGACACGCAUUGGGACGACGUGAAGAAAUAUGACGUCCAAGACCAGCGCACCAUUUCUAACGGCUUCGAAUAUGAGGUGGCAACGUUCACAGGCUUGCUGCCAACUUAUGGGCCAGUUGCCGGAGGAACCAACAUCACUGUGUACGGAGCCAACCUCAACAUCGGAUCGCAGCAGUCCGUGAUGAUUGGCGAGAGCCCAUGCAACAUAAACAGGAUCGAAAGAACGAUGCUGCACUGCACAACGAGCGCUGUGUCUCUGGAAAAUGUGCACAAAGAUAUGCAAGUCACUGUGGCCAUCGACGACGUCGAAGUUCCCUUCGUUCCGGCCGACAACCUCAGCUCAUUGUUCACCUACAAGCCCAAUCCCGAGAUCAAUGACAUUUCGCCCAAAACGGCCACGUUCAAUGGGAAUUCUACUGUUGUGGUGAGGGGUGCUCACCUCGAUAGUGUCGCUGUGCCCACGAUGGUUACGCGGGUGACUUCUCUUGACCACAAGAGGCAGGAGUACAUUAGGAAGGUCUGUCGUGGAGUGGCCAGUGGCACACGGAUGCUUUGUCCCGUGGCGUCGCUCAAGGAGUCUACCGUUAUCAGCGCCAGGCAGCUGGAAGCGCACUUGCUUCCAAUUCUGGUGCAGGUAAGAUUCGAGAUGGACGGUCUGCACCUGCCAAAUCGAACAGACGCCUCGGAAGGCCACUUCAACUUCGUGUAUAGGCCGUCGCCACGUUUCGACCGCUUUCCCGAAGGAGGAUUCGGCAUCAGCCCCGACAAGCCUACUGUCCAGAUCACAGGGAACCACUUCGAAGUUCUCAUGGAUAACGAUCAGGUGUCUGUCCGAGUCGAUGGCGUCGACAAUGCAUGUAAUGUCACGACCGUCAGCUCGGGUGUCAUCGUGUGCAUACUAAGGCCUGAUACACUCGACGAGAACAUGCCUCACUCCCUUGAUAUCGUAUACGCUGGUCGGAGCUAUCCGGUGGGCGCCGUCAAGCUGGUGUCAGACCAGUCCGGCGUCAACUCGGGAGUCAUCGCGGGUGUCGUCGUCGCGGUGUUUCUCAUCGUGCUAAUAGGUGUGGGGGUGUUCUUCUACCGGCGACGCGGCGCCAAGAAGGCACAGCAGCCGGGCUACUUUGUCGACUUCGACAACCGCCACGUUGAGAACAGCGCGAGAGGAGCCGGAGCGAACAGCGACGCUGCUGCUACGAGUCUGCCACAAAUUCAGGGCUACGUGCAAGGCAGUGAACCCGACGCUCGACAGGCCCUUAUAAGCUCCACCUUCCAGAUCGACGAGGAGACGAAACUUAUGCUUGAAUCAGAAAAGCUGCUCUUCAAGAGAGAACACCUCGUCUUGGGCCCGGUCAUUGGCCAAGGUCACUUUGGUUGUGUCUACCGGGGUACCUUGGAGCUGGAAGGAAAGGGCGAGGUUCAGCAGGUUGCCGUCAAAACUCUUCACAACACAGAUUCUCGCGGGGUCGAGGCUGACGGCCAGGCUUUUCUCGAGGAGGCACUCAUCAUGAAGGACUUCCACCACAUGAACGUACUGCCACUCAUUGGAUUGAGCAUUGAUGAAUCAGGUGGCUUGAUGGUCAUCAUACCGUACAUGAAAUACGGCGACCUGCUGUCCUACAUUCGAGAUGAAAGAAACAGCCCAACUGUGAAAGACUUGAUCACGUUUGGUAUCCACGUGGCUGAAGGUAUGAAGUAUUUGGCUGACACAAAGUUCGUGCACAGAGACCUGGCGGCUCGCAACUGCAUGCUUAGCGAGGAUUUCAUUGUGCGUGUGGCCGACUUUGGCUUAUCACGCGACGUCUACGAGAAGGACUACUACAGUGGUGACAACAAGAAGACGAAGCUUCCUGUGAAAUGGAUGGCACCAGAAAGUUUGGAGAAGGGCAUCUAUAACCACAAGACGGAUGUGUGGUCGUAUGGUGUGCUCUUGUGGGAACUUAUGACACGUGGUGUGACGCCGUAUCCAGAAGUGGACAACUGGGAUAUCGUCAAUUUCCUGAAGCAAGGACGCCGGAUGCAACAGCCGAGCUUCUGCCCUGAUGAACUGUACGACAUCAUGUUGCAGUGCUGGCAGGAUGACUCCAAGCGACGACCUUCGUUCGCACAGCUCGUGACGGACGUCUCAAAUGUGAUCAUAAGCCUCGAGAAGAAAAAGCGAAACAGGAGAGUCAGCCUGAACGUCACGUACGUUAACUGUCCAAACCCCGGUGCUAACGACGGCGCUGGACCCUCGACGGAGGAUUGGCCAGUUGAAGGCACAUCGUAGGCAGUAUGGCAUUGCGACUUCUCUGCUUUGCCACAAGAAUGCAUAUCAGUUCCUAAGAGAGCCAAUGCGCUGCUGGUAACAGCGCCACUGCCAACGAAGCCGCGAGAACUGAUUGCAGGGCUCGCCACCAUUCACAAUCUCUCCAGAUUGCUCAUGCUCAAAUAUGUGUGGAUGAUGGAAUUCACUAUGCUGCUGCUUGGAUCGACCAACUGCCGUUUGUGUGCCCUAAAACACAGCAGCGAAUACCUAAGUUCGAAAGCUUGGGCACAUCGCAAGUCGUCCAAAGAGCAAGUCGUCCGAUUUUCGGGGAACUGUGGUGUGCUGGAAAGGUGCAAAAUUCAGUUCACUGUAGCUUGGAAGAUGUGUGUCUCGGAACCGGUGGCCUUCUUUCAUGGUGCACAGACACUUUGUUGCACGAACUGUACCUGCACCAUCAGCGCGAAUGAUGCUGCGUGUAGAUAUUAUCAUGUGGCUGUACAUUUUGAGCCCAUCAUGACCUAUAAACUCUUGUGACUGUUUGUGACACAAAGAAACACUGAACUCUCAGACCAUGAGUGUCCACCGCGCAUGAAAACAUUCCAAUUUAUAACUUUUUGUGCUAUACAGUGCUGCAUCACUACUUAAGACGCCGCCACCGAAAACAACUGUUUUUGCUGCUUCUUCAUAUCAAAAAGGAAGAGAGAGACUUGACAAUGUGUACUUGAGAGUGUACUUCGCAGGUAUUAUUGUAGUGCCAAAGCUGUGUGAGAUGCUUGUCUCAGAUGUUACUCAGAGUGGUGGCUAAAAUGGCUAGAAAGCACACGAACAAAAAAGAAAUGGACACCCAUUUGUGAGUUUCACCUGGGAGUAAACAGCCUCCUCUGUUUCUCGGGUGUUGGCUGAUGUCAUACACUAGUAGUGCAGGAUCAAGUAACAUUGAUGUUGUUAUUCAUAAAUUCAACAUAUCAUGACUGCAGUGAUCGAGUUGGUCUUCUAGUGUUUACACAUAAUAUCAGGGCCGAAGGAAACGCUGAGGCGUGCGUGUGAGGACCGUGACCUGACCCCUCAUUCUCGCCUAGCAAUGAGAACUGUGGGUCAUUGGCAAGAAAUGAGGUCGCUGGUCCAGAGCCGUGAAAGACUGGCGCAGUUUAUCGUAUCAUGCUCAUAUUCAUUCUGUGCCAUUUUUGUGCCUGCGUGACGCUCAAGCACCAUUAUGACAAUGUUUUGCAUGUUGGCAAGUGACAUGCAUUGGGUAAAGCACUACGGGUGUGUGUCAGUGUGGUGCGAAGCGACGACGGAUUUGUUUGAAAGGUUUCCCGCAAGUGGUCUUUCUAGCAAAAUGCUGCCGUCAUAUACCCCCCCCCCCCCCACCCUUCCCACCCAUUCAUACAUAGAUGCAAGCAAGCCACUAGGAAGGCGAGUGUUGGGGCAAGCUAACGUUCGCAAAUUGGACGCCAUGCAUACCGCUUGUUAACUGUUGUUGGCGGUGUAUUAUUAUUGCUUCAAUGUUUUAAACUGCUACGAGUGUCGAAAUUAGUACUUCAGAGGAACUAGAUAUUUAAAUAUUUUUUUGCAUGAUACAUUAUGGCUUCUACAUUGCCAAAAUAUGCCGAGAUUGGCAACAGCUAUUUCGUGUUUAUUUAGUGGGCGGCCACCUUUUAAAAGUAUUGAGGAAAAUGAAAUUACAACGCUUGUUUUACAAAUUAAGCUUUUUUGCAAGGGUUGUAAAAGCAUGGUAAAGAAUUCUUGAAGUGAGACAUUAUGCAAAAUACCACCUCAAUUGCUUUUUCGCCAAUGCUGGCUGUAAAAAGCUAGACACAAUACUGAAAAAAAAAAGAACUUGCAGCAUGUAGAUAUUUUGAAUGUGUGUUUGAUGAAUGAAACAUGCCGGACGUAAUCACCUGCCUCAUGCUUAUGAAUGCAAUGAAUGCCAUCUUUCUUUCACCCACGCAACUUUUUUAUACGUCUUUCUAGUAUAUGUAUAUAUGACGCUUAUAAUGGCGACUGUGUUCUGCAUUUGUUUCUUUAGUCCCUUUAUUGUAUUUGCGCACUAGCUAGUUUCCAUUUCUCCGCCCUACAAUGUCGCUAAUUGACGCGCUAAUUGAUAGAAUGCAUGGGUGCCAAUUUCGUGCACUGGAGAAAGGCUUGCUGCUUGUUUAUUCUCCACAAGCUAAGCUAUUUACUGACGCUGAAGCAAUUACUGAUAGAUGUUGUGUUUGGCCCAAGAAAGUAAAAUGAAUGCUCCUGAUUCUUUUUGAAAUCUUGCACAUGCUAUUUACUGAAAUCUCACCCACUAAAACUAUGAAAAAAAAAACUACAGCGUAGAGGUUUUCUGCAUCUUUCACCGCACUAACCUUAUGUUUUAGUCUUAUGAAAGAUUAGCUUGUCGAAGAAUAUGAAAAGCAUGAAUACGAAGAUGCUUACCACGGUAUGCAAAAAGACGUAUUCGAUAUACAUCUCCAGGGCUGUCGAUGUUAUGAGAGAGCCAGUGUUGAACUUAUAAUUCCGAAGAGAAAGUGUGCAUGAAUGAUGCUGGUGCUUACUGGUUUUGCGAAGCAUUCAAUGCUUUUUCUUUCUGAAGCUGUAAUGGAGGCUGCAAAUUACAUUGACCGUUUUAUUAACUAUGGUAUUUGACCAUGUAGACGAGAACAGUCCAACUCCGAGUUAAGUACUGGCUGGCACUUAAUAAUAAGUUAGCCUACCAUCUUGCACUCGCUCAGGUCGGAUGCUUUGCUUUGUAGCCAAAUGAAGACAUGAAAUUUGUGAGCCGCAUAGAACAAACGCAGUUUCGUGGCCGUCAGGGAUUUUUUGUUCACGGUGCAUUUACUGUUAAUAGAUUGCGCCCGCAAUAAUAUGAGAGAUUUUUCUGCAACUGUAUAAUGAAAGCACAUUAAAAAACACUGUUGAGUCGAUCUUCUCCUAAACUAGUGACUAAUUUCACUGUUAUUACUAUACUAGCCAAAUGGGGGUGUUUAUCACAUCUAAAGAGCCACGGUGACACCAUGAGAAAUACACUUCGUCAUUACUACCUCACAGAAAUAGCAUCUUCAAAAAGUGGUAUGUUGCACAGCCUUAUGUUCGCGUUCUGGCUUUGAUUUAAAAUGUAGCCUCUUCGAUGUGUUGCUUUUGAAUCAUUCUGAGAAGUAAAGCUUUGAGUUUUGUAGAACAUAGAACAUACAGCAGUAUUUUUACCUCGUUCAUUCUUGGUAUUUCCGUUGUACAUAGUGAAAUAAAGUCGGAGCUCACGUUUUUCUAUCCGUUUUUCUAAAUAAAGACAUCGCUGGUA